AUGGCAACAAUCAUGGCAGAGGCAGAGACCCGACAGAGGCUGCUGCGCACCGUCAAGAAGGAGGUGAAGCAGAUUAUGGAGGAAGCCGUCACCAGGAAAUUUGUUCACGAAGACAGCAGCCAUAUCGUGUCUUUUUGUGCUGCAGUGGAGGCAUGUGUUCUGCACGGGCUGAGACGGCGAGCAGCCGGCUUUCUGCGUAGCAACAAGAUAGCGGCGCUCUUCAUGAAGGUGGGAAAGAGCUUCGUCCCAGCUGAGGAGCUGUGUAGGAAGGCCCAGGAGCUGGAGCAGAUCAUCGAGACAAAACGAAGUCAAAGCUUGCAAAGUCAGGACAGCCUUCGCAAGAUGCCCCGACUGCCCGGUCUCAGCCCGCAGGGAGUCAAGAACCUGUGGAUCCGCACGGCUCUAUUUGAGAAGGUGUUGGACAAGAUUGUCCUCUACCUGGUGGAGAACAGCAGUAAAUACUACGAGAAAGAGGCUGUUCUAAUGGACCCUGUGGACGGACCUAUCCUUGCCUCUUUGUUAGUUGGACCUUGUGCUUUGGAGUACACAAAGAUGAAGACAGCCGACCACUUCUGGACAGACCCGUCUGCUGACGAGUUGGUGCAAAGACAUCGUAUCCAUGGUGGCCACUGCAGACAGGAUUCUCCCACUAAGAGGCCUGCACUGUGUAUCCAGAAGCGGCACUCCAGCAGCAGCAUGGAUGAACGCCCUUCCCCCUCGCCAUCAGCUCGUGAAUAUGUGGAGUCGCUGCAUCAAAACAGCAGAGUGACCCUCCUGUUUGGCAAAAACAACGUGCUUGUACAACCGAGGGACGACAUGGAGGCUAUCCCAGGUUACCUCUCUCUGCACCAGAAUGCUGACCUCAUGACCCUGAAGUGGACACCCAACCAGCUCAUGAACGGCUCUGUUGCAGACUUGGACUACGAACACAGUGUAUACUGGGAUUAUGCCAUGACCAUCCCUCUGGGGGAGAUAGUUUACUUACACUGUCAUCAACAAGUUGACAGCGGGGGGACGGUGGUGCUGGUCAGUCAGGAUGGGAUACAGAGACCUCCACUUCGCUUCCCCAGAGGAGGCCACUUGCUCCAGUUCCUCUCCUGCCUGGAGAACGGCCUGCUUCCCCACGGCCAGCUGGACCCUCCACUCUGGUCCCAGAGGGGAAAGGGGAAGGUGUUUCCCAAGCUGCGUAACAGGGUUCCUCAGGGAUCUGGAUCCUCAGACUCGGUCUCGGAUAAGGAGGACGAGGCCACAGACUAUGUCUUCCGCAUCCUCUUUCCAAACAGCCAGUCAGAGUUUGUGACUCCUCCAGACUUGAUGGAUCAGGGAGCUACAAUGUGGAAUCCCACUCUCAGGAAGUCCUCGUGUUCCUCUUGUUCUCAGGGGAGCUUCUCUGAUGGGGCGACGCCCAAGGGGUGCAACCAUGAGAGGGCUCCUCUGAAGCUGCUGUGCGACAACAUGAAGAAUCAGAUCAUCUCUCGGGCGUUUUAUGGCUGGUUGGCAUACUGCCGUCACCUGUCCACCGUGCGUACACACCUCUCUGCUCUCGUCAAUCACACCAUUGUGGCGCCCGAGGUGCCGUGCGAUGCCUACAAAGGGCUCACUACGGAUGUGUGGCAGACCUUCCUCCAGGACUGCACAGCAUACGAUGAGAAGGAGCUCCUUCGUCUGGUCUACUUCGGUGGUGUGGACGCCUCGCUGCGUAAAGAGGUGUGGCCUUUUCUGCUGGGUCAUUACCAGUUUGGAAUGUCAGAAGCUGAGAGGAAAGAGGUGGACGAACAGGUCCGAGUGUGCUACCAGCAGACCAUGCGUGAGUGGCUCUGCUGUGAGGAGAUUGUCCGCCAGCGGGAGAAGGAGCAGCACGCUGCUGCAUUAGCAAAGUGCUCCUCAGUAGUGAGCAUGGACAGCUCCAGUCAGAAGAUGAUCCACCACAACUCCACUGUCAGCAAUGAGUCCCCCCAGAGCUCAGACGGGCAGAGUCUGGCUCGCCUGCAGAGUGACACCAGCAGCAGCACACAGUUCUUCACAUCCUCCCAUCCCUUCCCCUGGAGUAGCCUGCUUCCCUUUGGCUUGUUCUUUCAGGUGUUUGAGUCCGUUGAGGAGGUUGAUCAGAUCGAGACGGAGCCGAAGAGCGAGGAGGCCAAACAGGUGCCAAAGAUACCCAAUGGAGCUCUGCAGAAUGGGAUAAACUCUCCCGACUCCGGUCAUCCCUCCUCCCGCAACUUCUCAGUCACUUCCGGCCUGUCGGAAGGCUCACUCAGCACAGAGGACAGCACUGUACCUGAUACAAUCCCGAGAUCUGCAGCUGUUCCUCAGGCACCACAGAGCCCAGUCAAACCUGCAGGGGUAGAAAGUGAAUGUCCGACAGAUGAGCUGGACAGCCAGGUGAGAUGUAAAGGGAAGAACAAAGAGGAGGAGGAGAAAGCACCUGAUGUGACCAAAUCUGCAGAAAAUACCAAGCCUGAGGAGCUGGUGAAGGCCAACAAAGACACAAGUCUGCAACCCAAAACACAAGAAACUGUUGAGGAGUCUGGAGCCAUUCAAACAGAGGGGCCCAAGUGUGAAAAUAAAGAUGCACUGGCAGACAUUACAGGAGUUACAUCUGUAGAGUCGGGGGAAACAGAAAAAGAAGUGCCUGAUGAGGAUACUAUGAUGGUGUCAGCAGCUGAUACGGGAUCAAAAGGAGAACUUGUUGAGCAAAGUCUUAAAAAAGCAGCAGAAGUGAGUAUUGAAGAAACUUCAAAGUGUAAGAAAUCUGCAGAAACAAAUGUAGAAAAGAUGAAUGAAACGGACGGAUCAAAGUUGUGUGUAAGUAAACCACAAGACGUUUUAUUGGCAGAUUGGAGAGAAAAUAUAUCCAUUGAUCACAAGACUCCUGAAGUUGAAAAGAACCUAGUUUUCUCAGCCGACACCGAGGUCUCGAGACCAAGAGGGGCCUACUUUGCCUCCCAGACAGACGAAGCUCAGGUUAUGACUGAAUCCGAUGAGUCUCCCUCAGCCAUAGAGAUGGAGGAGAUCCCAAUAGGCAAAGUUUCCAUGAUUCCUUUGAGCAGAAAGGGACGCUGUAAAGCAACGUCUUUCUCUGAGGACUCGGCCCCCCACAUAGCGCUCAGUCAGGAGGACGAGCAGGUAAAGCACAGUGCAGACAGCGCAAAGCCCAUCCUGUGUUUGGAGCCAGAGAUGGAGAGCCUUUACCCCAACUUUGACUGUCUGGCCGAGUCUGGAGACACCAAGAAUGACGCCACCUCUCAAGAAUCUGCUGGGAGUACCUUCUCUCAAGAGCUUUUGGACUUGUAUACAUUAAAUCUACACCGCAUUGAAAAGGAUGUCCAGCGCUGUGACCGAAACUAUUGGUACUUCACUCCUGCCAACCUGGAGAAACUGCGCAACAUCAUGUGCAGCUAUAUCUGGAGGCACCUUGACAUCGGUUACGUACAGGGCAUGUGUGAUCUGCUGGCUCCACUUCUAGUCAUUCUGGAUGAUGAGGCCAUGGCCUUCAGCUGUUUCACUGAGCUCAUGAAGAGAAUGAAUCAAAACUUUCCACACGGAGGCGCUAUGGAUACUCACUUCGCCAACAUGCGCUCUCUAAUCCAGAUCCUGGAUUCUGAGCAGUUUGAGCUAAUGCACCAGAACGGAGACUACACCCACUUCUACUUCUGCUACCGCUGGUUUCUCCUCGACUUCAAGCGAGAGCUGGUGUACGAUGACGUGUUUGCAGUGUGGGAAACGAUCUGGGCAGCCAAGUGUGUCUCUUCUAGUCACUUUGUCCUCUUCAUUGCCCUGGCGCUGGUGGAGAUCUACAGGGACAUAAUCCUGGAGAACAACAUGGACUUUACUGACAUCAUUAAGUUCUUCAAUGAAAUGGCUGAGCACCACAACAUAAAGAAGAUUUUGACCAUGGCCAGAGAUCUGGUGUGCAAGGUGCAAAUUCUUAUAGAGAACAAGUGAUUGUGCUCUUUGUCUCCUUCUUCCUUCCAAGUAAAGUGUGACCGGCUGUAGCAGCACAAGAUUCAAAUACAUCUGAGCACACAUGCUCUCUCUCUCUCACACACACACACACACACAGACACACACACACACACAUACUAUACAAUGCCUUUUCAACCACCGUUUGUUGCUAUGAGCCUUAUUCACUGUAUCUACAAUGUUGUUUGUGUUGUCAACAGAGGUAUGAGAAUAGUAUGCUUCAUAUUUGUCAGUAUGUUAAAGUGAAAAAAAAAUGUAUCUGAAAAAGCUUUUCUUUAUUUUCUAAAUACAUCUGCCAGAAGUUCCUUAUGUGUCGAUCUUAAUCCGAGUGCACUUAACAUUUUGAUAUAAUAAUGGUCUUAGUUGCACAUUUCAAUCCAAAUUAUAUGCCAGAAUUUCACCAGAGACUAUAUUUAUGCAAAGAAUACAUUGUGAUGAUAGUUUAUAAUAAUUAUUUCAAUGGUCAAGUCUACAAGAUCAUACUUUGAAUAUAUCAGAAAGUUAUCCCCUUAUUCCCAUCGCUUAAUGAAGGACAGAAUGUCAGCAGACUUUUCAUUUUGCUUAAGUGCAACACCCAAAAAUUAAAUGACUUUCUACUGAUGACAGAACUCUGGCUUGUACUUCAAAAUGUAACUUAAACUACAUUUCUGUUUCACAAACUACAUUAAGAAUAAUUUAGGGUUUAGCACCAUGUCAGUGAUUUAGCAUCCAACAGUGUUUAAAAUGUUUUAAUUGAACUGCCUCGUCUGCCAAAUAUUGUCUUUAUUUGUUAUGUGUGAAUUGUACUGUACUGAGAGAUAGAUGUGUUUAACUUAUGAGGUUUAUAAUAUGUAAAAUCCUAACCUAAUAUUUAAGUGACCUACGGAUGUCUGUGCGGAGAUUUAAGCCUGAUUUGAUAGUCUCUUAAAAUAUGUUUCCUUAUCCAGUGAACCUCUAGAUAUUUUGUAAAUUGUGCAGUUUACUCACCUUGUCUUGUAUUGUCUGGCGCCUUUUUGUUGAAUUAAAUGUUAAUUUCAGCUUGAAUGUGACUAUGAAUUUGGAAGAUCAGAUGAGACGCUGAAAACCAAAUGAAACGUUUUUUGGCGCCACGUUGAUGAGAUUCUUUAGUGUGAGAGUGACUUAGACAGAGAGAUGAGAAUGAAAGGUACAGAUGACGUUAUGAAGGAAACUGUAUUGAUGUUUUAGCAGAUUUGGGGCUCGUGACGAUAUUUAUUAUAUAUGCUUUCAACCCCUAAAUUGAUACUAAUGUCGGCCCUGAGUUACCCACAUCCGUGCUCGUCGUUCAUAGCCUAAAACGUCACUCAGUUGGUCUUCAAGUAUUGUUUAGUGAAUGUGGUGAGAUGAAUUGCUUUUAAUAUUGUUGUUUCUGUGGAUGCUUACUGCUGUCAGAAAACACAUUUUUUAAGUAUAUUGUAACAUUUAUUUAGCAAGUAUUUUUUUAAUUUUUUCAUUCAUUUUCUCAUUCAGAUGCUGCUUUGUUUGUGAAGCUGAUCUUUUUAUUUUGUGGCCAGUUCUAAAUGUGUAUUGUAAAACAGUCAAAUUAUAUACUAAGAGUUCAUAUAUAGUAUAUAUUAAAUGGUAUAUGUUUUUAUAAUAAAACAAUAAAAAUGGAAUCAUCAUUAUUUUUCCAAACAUUGCGUA